AUGUUGCUUACACACACCGCCUUGCAUAGUGCUGCAGGUUGUUUAUUAGGCAAUCCCGGAGAAAAUAUGAAUAAGAAUAAGAACCCAUUGGUCUUCUUGGACGUAUCCAUUGAUGGGGAUCCUGUGGAAAGAAUUGUCGUUGAGCUGUUUGCUGAUGCUGUCCCCAGAACAGCUGAGAAUUUUAGGGCACUCUGCACAGGUGAGAAGGGCGUUGGAGACUCGACAAGGAAACCUCUACACUACAAGGGGUCCAUUUUUCAUCGCAUAAUUCAAGGAUUUAUGGCACAAGGUGGUGACUUUUCAAAAGGAAAUGGCACUGGUGGAGAAAGCAUCUAUGGAGGGAAAUUUGCUGAUGAAAACUUUAAGCUGGAUCAUAGUGGGCCCGGUUUUCUCUCUAUGGCAAAUGGUGGUCCAAACACAAAUGGUUCCCAGUUCUUCUUAACUUUUAAACGCCAACCACAUCUUGAUGGAAAACAUGUUGUUUUUGGAAAGGUUGUGAAGGGAAUGGACGUUGUUAAGAAAAUUGAACAAGUGGGAACAGCUGAUGGUAAACCAUCGGGGUUGGUGAAAAUUGUGGACUGUGGUGAGACGCCUGAGAGUAAAAUAAAUGAUUCGGUUGGAGCAAGGAAAGGAAAAAAGAAAAAACCAACAAGAGCUCUUUCAUCCGAUAAUAGUUCUGACAGUGAAGCAAAAGGGAAACGACAAGCAUCUCGUAAGGAUAGGAGGAGAAAGAGAAGAAAGAGAUACUCUUCAUCUGAUUCAUACAGCUCUGAUACAGAUUCUGCUUCUGCUUCUGCUUCUGCUUCAUCUGAGACAGAUUCUGUUUCGGACUCUGAUUCAAAUUCUGAAUCAGACUCUCAUUCUUCAAGUUCUUCCAGUUAUGGAAGAGGGAGGAAGAAAAGGAAGUUGACCAAGAGAGGUAGACAUCAACGUGGGAAGAAAAAGGUUGGACGAAAGGAGAGGAGGAAAGUUAAACGUGAUAAAAAAUCAAGGCAGAAGUCCAAAAGAAACUCGGGAAGUUCCAGUGAUACUGAGAGCGGGAGUAGGACCAGCAGCAGCUCUGACGAUGAAAAUGCCACUAGGGGCAAAUUUGCACGUAAAAGUAACAUAUUGGGCCAAGAAAUGAAGAAGCCAGCACAAAGUCUAGGAUUGGAGAAGAAAUCCCCAACCCCCCUGUUGGGACAAGCCGUCGCAGAGCAGAGGAAGGACGAUGAACUGAAGCAGACAGUUAGCAGCUCAUCUCAUGAAGAGGGUGAAUUUUCUCCCAAGAAUGAUGACACACUGUAUAAUGGUCAUGAAAAAGAGUUAAAGGCUAAUGAAGCUGCAAAGCAUGUUGAUCAAUCUGACUAUUCUAACAGAUCCAGUAAAAUUCCUAGAUCGUCUGGUCAGCUAAGCAGUAAAAGUCCUCCAAGGAGUCCCACCCAUAAAGCUCCACCACCAUCCACUUCUAGUCGUGGUCGGGUUUUGUCUAGAAGCCGCUCUCCAAAUGGAACUCCAAAGCGUGUUAGGAAAGGGCGAGGCUUUACUGAACGAUACGCCUUUGUCAGGCGCUAUCGCACACCAUCUCCAGAACAUUCAUUGGAUAGAUCUUAUCCAUAUGGUGGAAGAAAUAUUCAAAGGAACGACAGGUAUUCAAGUUACAGAAGUAAGUUUGAACAUUCACCACAAAGACGAUACAGAAGCUCACCUAGAAGAGACAGGAGUCCACCCAGAUAUGAACGCAAAAGAAGUCCUAGUAGGAGUCGUUCCCGAAGCCCAGGUCAUUACCGUGCCCGGAGAACAUAUCAUAGCAGGAGCCCUGUGCGAAGUCCUAGCCCGACAGAUAGGCGCCCUGCAGUUAGCGAUAGACUAAAAUCCCGUCUUGGGCCAAAAGUGAAUGACCAAAUCCCUCAAAAUAGAGGUAGAUCUCAUUCACGCUCUAGGAGCCGUGAUUCGUCCACAUCUGGAACUCCUUAUAAGCGUCCAGGAAAAAAGGCGUCUGCUUCGCCGGGCAGUUCCAGAUCCAGCUCCCCUGGCGGUCGAAGGGGUUUAGUCUCUUAUGAAGACUUGAGUCCUGAGAACGGAACAAAUUAG